AAAUGUCAAUUCCAUUUGUCAACAAAAAUAAUUUGUUUAUUAUUUUUAAUUAUUAAUAUUAAUUUAAUUUGUUGUUAUUUCUCUCAAGAAAACCUUUUAGAAUUACGUGAAUCUCCUCUUCGUUUUGUCCUCAUUGUUGAGUGAAGGAAAUGGCGAGCAGGAGCAUCAUCGAGCCAGACAAAGACACCAAAUUCAAUUCGUUUUACACAGAGGUGAAAGAAAUUGAAAAACGAGAUUCUGUUUUAACGCCCAAACAACAAAUCGAAAGACUUUUAAGACCGGGGGCCACAUAUCGAAAUCUAAAUCCUUUUGAUGUUUUGCAAGUGGAACCUGAUACAACUUUAGAGGAAAUCAAGAAAAAAUAUAGGAGAUUAUCAAUUUUAGUCCAUCCUGAUAAAAAUCAAGAUGACCCGGACCGAGCUCAGCAAGCCUUUGAAGCAGUUAACAAAGCAUGGAAGAGCCUCGAAAAUGAAGAAACAAGAAAAAAAUGCAUGGGUAUUAUUGAAGAAGCUGUUGGAAGAACAGAUCUUAUGUUGGCAGAAAAAAGGAAAAAAGCCAAAAAAGAAGGGAGAUCAGGCAUCCCUGAAGAUGAUCCCGAAAAGUAUAAACAUGCAGUCUACGUUUUGACAAUGAAACUUUUUGCAGAUUUAGAAAGGAAACGCAGAGAGCUGGCCGACCGCGAUCAGGAGGAGCGCAAACGGAAGCGGGAGAAUGAAAUCGAGGAGGAGGAGAACGCCAAAGCCCAAAAAGAAUGGCAGAAAAAUUUCGAGGAAUCCAGACAAAAUAGGGUGAGUAGUUGGCAAACAUUUCAAGCUCAAGGGAAGAAUAAAACCAAAAAAUUAAAGGUGUUUAAACCUCCCAAAAAUAAACCAGAAUCUAGAUAA